CCAAUUGUUCACUUUAUAUACAAUACUAAAAUGGAUCAAAUCAAACAUCAUAGAUAACCAAUACAGAAAAAUGGGUUCCCAUCAGAAAAUUCUAUUGAUUCUUCUUACUCUCAUAUGGGGAUUUAUAUGUUAUGGUAUCUCAAGUGAGUACUCCAUAUUAGCCUUUGACUUUGACACUUUACCUUCAGAGGACCAAGUGGUUGAGCUUUUCCAACAAUGGAAGAAGGACCACAAAAAAUUCUACAUACACCCAGAAGAAGCAGCUUUAAGGUUGGAGAGUUUCAGGAGAAAUUUGAAGUACGUUAUUGAGAGGAAUUCAAUGCGAAAUUCUACCCUCGGACACCGUCUCGGAUUGAACAGGUUUGCUGAUAUGAGUAAUGACGAGUUCAAGAGUAAGUUUAUUUCAAAGGUGAAGAAGCCGACUAGUAAGAGGAGCAAUGACUUGUAUGUUAAGGAUGAAUCAUGUGAAGAGGCAGCCUACUCUUUAGAUUGGAGGAAGAAGGGAGCUGUGACUGGUGUCAAGGACCAAGGCAACUGUGGUAGUUGUUGGUCAUUCUCUUCCACUGGAGCUAUAGAAGGAGUAAAUGCAAUAGUGACAGGGGACCUUAUAAGCCUUUCAGAACAAGAACUUGUAGAUUGUGAUUCUACUAAUGAUGGGUGUGAUGGAGGCUAUAUGGAUUAUGCUUUUGAGUGGGUUAUAAACAAUGGUGGAAUAGAUACAGAAUCUAGUUACCCUUACACUGGUGUGGAUGGUACCUGUAAUGUCACCAAGGAGGAAACCAAAGUUGUUACCAUUGAUGGCUACACUGAUGUGGCACAAUCAGAUAGUGGUGUAUUGUGUGCUACUGUGAAGCAGCCAAUUAGUGCUGGAAUAGAUGGCUCCUCAUUGGAUUUUCAACUAUACACUGGUGGAAUAUAUGAUGGAGAUUGCUCAAGUGAUCCAGAUGAUAUUGAUCAUGCAGUUUUAAUAGUAGGUUAUGGAUCAAAAGGUGAUGAAGAUUACUGGAUUGUAAAGAAUUCUUGGGGAACAAAUUGGGGAAUAGAAGGGUACAUUUAUAUAAGAAGGAAUACUAAUUUAAAAUAUGGAGUUUGUGCAAUCAAUUACAUGGCCUCUUAUCCUACCAAAGAGUCCAGUGCAGUAUCUCCAACUAGUCCUCCUUCACCACCGUCUCCGCCAUCGCCAUUGCCACCUCCACCACCUCCUUCUCCUUCACCAAGUGAAUGCGGAGACUUCUCUUAUUGUCAUGCUGAUCAGACAUGUUGUUGCAAUCUUGAGUUAUUUGAUUUUUGCCUUGCUUAUGGUUGUUGUGAAUAUGAGAAUGCUGUUUGUUGCACUGGUUCAGAAUAUUGCUGUCCUAGUGAUUACCCCAUUUGUGAUAUUGAAGAUGGACUCUGUCUCCAAAACUAUGGAGAUUUAAUGGGAGUGGCUGCAAAGAAGAAAAAGAUGGGAAAGCACAAGUUUCCAUGGACAAAACUUGAACAAAAAAAAAAGACACAUUCUCCUCUUCAGCUAAGCCUGAGGAGGAAUGCAUUUGCUGCAAUGCGUUGAAUCUGAUGGUUAUAAUAGUCAAUCCCUUGUGUUGCUUUGCUUGCAUUUUCUCUAUAUUAUAUAAAUAUUUAAUUUUCUUCUUUCUGUUAGAAAAUUCUCCUUUGUAUUUGUGGACUAGAUUAUUUAAUAAACUUAAGCUCAAGAGAAGCAUAAUAGAGUAAUAUGAAUGAUGGGUUGCUCUUAAAGCCCAAAAAAACAUGGCAAUAUCUUGGAACGGUGUUUCCAUAGUUAAAAAAUUAGAUAAAAAUACUAUCAAAAACGAAA